AAUGACGUUUCUAGAUUCCCAAAACAUGUUGACACCCGGUUCACCUACAUGACAAGAGACGCGCUCAAUCUGCGUUGUCUAGCAGUCUAACCAACAAGAGUUACAGAUCAUCAAAUAAACAUGGAUUACAGGUAGACCAAUCACAGGCUUUCCCUGAGCACUUAUGAUGUCAUCAGCCUGUAAUACGGUAGCAUCUGCAGGUGGAGGAGGAAGUGUUGUCAUGGAGACGUCCAACUUCGCCCAUGUCAUCUUCCAGAAUGUUGGGAAAAGCUUCCUCCCGCAGGCAGCGCUUGAAUGUCAUUACACUCUCACCUCUUUCAUCACCCCACAUCCCAAAGACUGGGUUGGCAUCUUUAAGGUGGGCUGGAGCAGUGCGAGAGACUACUACACAUUCCUUUGGUCUCCCAUGCCUGAAAACUACACUGAGGGAUCCACGGUUCACCGAACCAUCAUCUUUCAGGGCUACUAUGUUCCCCGUAGUGAUGGUGAGUUUUAUCAGUUCUGCUACGUCACACAUACGGGUGAAAUCAGAGGUGCGAGCACGCCAUUCCAGUUCCGCCCAGCUACACCCACAGGGGAGGAGCUACUGACAGUGGAAGAUGAGGGGAACUCAGACAUACUGGUUGUGACAACAAAGACCGGACUACUUGAGCAGCGUGUAGAGGAAGUUCAACAGGAGUGCAAAGAGCUUCAGAAAGCACUACGCCUCCUCACACAGGAGAGGGAUCAGCUACAGGAGAGGCAGAGACAACAGAACCAGGAGCUGCAGAAAGGCCUGCAUGAGGAGAAGGAGGAGGCUCAAGCCAGAGUGAGACAGCUUGAGCAGGACCUGCUAGAAAUCACGCAAAAAGCUGUUCUUAAAGAGACCGAACUGGACUGUUUAAGAGACAGGCUGCAGAAGGUGAUAUCUGAAAGGGACAGUCUACAAGCUCAACUGAAGAAUGAGAGAGACGAGAGGGAUCUUUACAAAUCUCAUGUACGCAGCGCCGAGCUGGAAAACACUAAACUCAGUGCAGAGCUGCAGAUGCUGAAAGCGGUGGAGCUGAACAGAGAGGUCACCAUCGCACAGUACCAGGAAGAACUGCACAGACUACGCACAGAGAGAGACACACACCCCACUGAUGCCGGUCUCAAAGAGCAGUUGCGUCAAGCUGAGGAGCAGCUCCAGGCCACACGGCAACAGGCAGCCAUGUUGGGUUCUGAGUUACGCGACGCCUCCGGUGGGCGAGAUCGCACCAUGGCUGAGCUCUACCGUGCCCGUCAGGAGGCUGAAGACCUACGAGCCCGUUUAGCUGAGGCCCAAGAAGAAUGCAGACAUGCUCAGAAUCAGCUGGACAGGAUGAGAAGCCAGGGAUCACAGGAAGUGGGCAGGGCUGGAGUGGGUGUGGUGUCAGAGCUGGAGGCGGAGUUACAAAAGGAGGUUGAGGAACUAAAGCUGCGUCUGAAUAUGGCUGCAGAGCAUUACAAAGAAAAAUACAGAGAGUGCCAACGUUUGCGAAGACAAGUCACCAAACUAACUCAGCAACAGGAGACGCAGCUGGGGGACUCUAACAGGAAUGAUGCCUCUACAGAGACCACACAGGAGUUACACACUCCAGAUGCAGAGACGCCUCCCACAGAUCAACAUCCUGCUGAGAUCAAACCUGGAGUGCAAAAAGAUGCGGAGAGAUCGAGGGAUGAAGGUAGACCUGGACAGGAGGAGAAGGAAGAGGAAGAGGAGGAAGAUGAUGAUGAAGAGGAGGAUGAGGAGGAGGAGGAGGAGGAGGAAGAUUGCAGCGUGUCAGUAGAAGCUGAGCUUGCCUGCAUGGAGGAGAAAUGGAGAGAGCAGUGCACCAUCAAUGAAAACCUGAAGCUCCUGCUAGCCAAUGAGGAGAAGCAGUUUAAAACUCAGGUGGCAGAGAAGGACAGAGAGGUGUCCGCUCUGAGGGAAAGUCUUGUGGUGGUGACCAGGGAGAAGGAGAGACUGGAAAAGGAAUUGCGGCAGUGUAUGAACAGAGGGGAGACAGCAGCUUCAAAGGUCAGAGAGCCAGUGGUGCUGCGUUACCCACUGCCGUAUCCCCAAGACCCGCCUCCACUUCCACUGGUACCCCAACAGCCUGCUGAACUGCAGUACGGAAACCCCUAUUCGGAGCAAGAGACCCGGGAUGGAGCAGAUGGGGCAUUAUCCCCAGAACAAACCUGCCGCCCCCCUCCCUUGGCUCCACCACCGUGGGGCGGUCCUGUGGUCUGCAGUCAGCCAUCACGCAGUCUCAGCCCCCCUGAUGGCCUGGAGAAUCCCCCUGAAGAGCGGCCUAAUGGAGGUGAUGGUGAGGCCCCUGCAGUCUGUGAUCAUCAGAGUCUGGAAUCUAAUGAGAGCCACACAAGCUUCUGCUUUGACACCAGACCUGACGUUCAUAAGCGGUGUCCCCUUUGUGAGGUGAUCUUCCCACCACACUUUGAGCAAAGCAGUUUCGAACGACACGUCGAGUCUCACUGGAGGGUGUGUCCCGUCUGCAGCGAGCAGUUUCCUCUAGACUGCCAACAGCAUCUCUACGAAAAGCAUGUGCACACACACUUUGAUGGCAAUGUUCUCAACUUUGACAACUUUGAUUAGAGAUGAAAAAAUAUAUAUAUAUUUGCUUUUAGUUCAAUAUAAAACGCCUCAGGUGAUUCAGGGGCUUCGGUGUUUUGUUCGAAACACGCUGAUAUUGUCACUUUGUUGUAACCGCUGCACAACACACGUCAGAAGGACUCGCCAUCAGAAUAUUUGAUUUGCACAUAGACAAGCAUUAAUUCAGAUAUUUAAACAGAAUACUUUAAUAAUGGUCUUCAGGUGUAAUAGAUAGGAAAAAAAUGAAAAGCACUUUUUUUUGUUUUAAAUUUUGUGUACUAUAAAACUGAGUGUGCUUUAAAAUAAGAACAGAAAGCUUUAGGAUAUUGUUUAUGAAAAUGAAGAAUUUAUUUUAAAGGACCAAUGAUGUAAUGAUGUAUAAGUUUAUUCGGCCAAAAAAGAUGGCCAUAAUUUAUAAAACUAAUCACUAAAAAUGACUAAAACUGUUACCUCAGUGUGAAACACUUUGCUAAUACACUAAUUUAAAGGGACAGAUCAUCUACAAAUGAAAAUUGUCAUUUAAUCACCCUCAUGUUGUUCUAAAACCAUAUGAAAUUCUUUUGCGAAACAAAAUGUUGUGCUUUUACCACGCACACAUGGACUGGAGCUUUUAAACUUCAAAAAGGACACAAAAAUGUUUAGGUUGAGCAAAGAACUGAAUCAGUCAGAUUUGUGAAUGAAUCAUUCAGACCAGUUUUGUGGCUCAAGUAAUUCAUUUCAUUCAUGAAGCUUGAAAGCUCCAUUCUCCAUUUAUUCUACUAGUACCUUUUUUCAAUAAUCCAAUGACCUUUAAAAUGUCCUUUUUUAUGUGAUGACAAAACAUUUGUUUUUAGGUGAUCUAUUCCUUGAAGCUCAGCUAAAACGACAAAAAUACUCAAUCCAAAGAGCCACUGUGCUAAAACUAUGGCUGUGAAUUUGGCAGAAUCUCUUCAGUGCAUCAUUGGUUCAAACAUCUUGCAUUAAACAACUUACACAUUUAGAUACAGUUAUCAGUUUUAACAUUCUAUCCAUAACACAUUAUCUGCUUGAAAUCCAUUUAUCCAACACUGCUGAUGCUUCACACUGUUAAGGACGAUUAACUUAGGGUUGCUCUGUGUCUGUGUGUAUCAAGUGUAUGUUUAUUAAUAAAGAAUGCUACAAGCACCAGUUCAUUAAACUGAACGUUUGUCCUCGCAUCGAUAAGUCAUUACACAUUAAUCGUCACGACGACACUGUAUGGACAAUAAAACAUAGAAACAGGCAAUAUA